AUAACCACUGUUCAUGUGAAUUUUACUGCAUACAAGAAUAAUCGAUAAUUGUUUAUGUCUACGUAUUAUAUGUAUUUUAAAGUUUUAGCAGAUUGUCCUUGUGAAAUCUUUGCCUAGUUGUCCCUGGGGUAGUUGGCAAGUUAACUUUGUCAUUUUGAUGGGCCUUCCUAUGCUCUCUGUGUCUGUCUGGCUCUCUGCCUUUCUUUCCCUUCACGCACGGAUAGCCAAAAAAGCAUAGUUAUCCUAAGUUCCUCUCAAUCCUCCUAUAUACAUUGACUGCAACUAAUCUCUUCUUCUUUUUGCUCACGCGAAACGGAGUUGCUAAAAGCCUUUUGCUUAUAAAACUGACUCAGCGAAGAACAGAUAAGAAUAUAAAGAGGCAUGAAUGGUUCUGCAAGUUUUGAGGUAGAGGAUUCCGAGUUCGUGGAGGUUGAUCCCACCGGAAGAUAUGGAAGAUACAACGAAAUUCUUGGCAGAGGGGCUUCAAAGACAGUUUACAGAGCAUUCGAUGAGUAUGAAGGAAUAGAAGUAGCAUGGAAUCAAGUGAAGCUCUACGAUUUUCUGCAGAAUCCUGAAGAUCUUCAGAGGCUGUACUGUGAAAUUCAUCUUCUCAAGACCUUGAAACACAAAAACAUCAUGAAGUUCUAUACUUCAUGGGUUGAUACUGCUAAUACGCAUAUUAACUUCGUCACUGAGAUGUUCACCUCUGGCACUCUCAGACAGUACAGGUUCAAACACAAAAGAGUUAACAUUAGAGCUGUGAAGCAUUGGUGUCGGCAGAUUUUGGAAGGGCUCCUUUAUCUUCACAGUCAUGACCCUCCAGUGAUCCACAGAGACCUCAAAUGUGACAACAUUUUCAUCAAUGGCAAUCAAGGGGAAGUUAAAAUUGGUGAUCUUGGCCUCGCUGCAAUUCUCCGCAAAUCUAAUGCUGCUUCUUGCGUUGGCACACCAGAAUUUAUGGCUCCGGAAGUGUAUGAAGAGGAUUAUAAUGAAUUAGUUGAUAUCUACUCUUUUGGAAUGUGUAUCUUGGAGAUGGUGACAUUUGAAUACCCUUACAGUGAAUGCACCCAUCCUGCUCAAAUUUACAAGAAAGUUGUCUCUGGAAAGAAACCAGAAGCUCUCUACAAAGUUAAAGAUCCGGAGGUUAGACAAUUUGUGGAGAAAUGCUUGGCAACUGUGUCCCUUAGGCUUUCUGCGAAAGAACUUCUGAAAGACCCUUUUCUUCAAAUUGAUGAUUAUGGGUCUGAUAUGAAAGCACUUCGGUAUCAAGGAGAUUGCUAUGAAAUAACCCCUUUAUUUAGACAACCUCUUAAUGGAGUUCGCAGCAGCAGCAAUUCAAUCAAUGAGUACACUGAUUAUCUCAGUGGUUAUGGACCAGAAUCUGAGUUAACCAGCGAAAUUGAUCUGUUUGAUUGUGAAGAUGAUGAUAAUUUGGCUGAAGUUGAUACUGCAAUCAAAGGCAGGAGAAGAGAAGAUGAUGGCAUUUUUCUGAGACUCAGGAUAGCAGAUAAGGAAGGUCGAGUUCGAAACAUCUACUUCCCAUUCGACAUAGAGACCGAUACAGCAUUGAGUGUAGCAAGUGAAAUGGUCGCCGAGCUAGACUUAACUGACCAAGAUGUAACAAAAAUAGCGGAUAUGAUAGAUAAUGAAAUUGUAAACUUGGUCCCAGAGUGGAAAACUGGACCCAGAACGGAAGAAAGUCCUGAAUGCACUAGUGAAAGUCUCUGCUUCAAUUGUGCUUCUCGUGGGACCUUCUUUGAUUAUGUAUCAUCAAACAGCCCAUCAGCUAAGAAGCUACAAUUUCUUCAUUGUUCCAGAGACGGCUGUGCGGCCGUUCAUGGCCGUUUUGAGGAGAUCACUUACCAAGUUGAGGGGUCUGAAAAUUGUGCUGCAGAUGGUCCUCCAGCUGCUUCAAGUCAAUCUACUGGCAUUCGCUAUACUGAUAUCUGGGCUCAGAGAGAUGAACCGGAACCAAGUUCAGAGGAGUUAAGAGACAUACAUGGUGACAAAUCACAGGAGGCAUUAAACCAAUCGAUUGAUGAUGAUGAGAGAAGUAUUAAUGGGGAUGAUCAUAUUAAUCCCAACUCAAAAGACACGUUUUCUAAUCAAGAAUUAAAUUGUGUUUUCCUGGACUAUGAGAAUGAAAUUAGGCAUGAACUAAGAUGGCUCAAAGCAAAGUACCAAAUGCAGUUAAGGGAGCUUAGAGACCAGCAAUUAGGUGGAACGCCAAAACUCUCAAUCACAUCUCCUGACCCCGAAGAAUCAGAAGAGCAUAGGAAAUACAGUGGGGUCCCAAAGCUACCAGCUACAGCUUACUUCAAGACAAGGAACAAUAUACCAUUCUUGAGGCUUUUAACCACCAGGAAGCGAUUUCAGGCUGAUGCAGAGAAGAACAAGAAGUGCUCAGCUAAGGCUAAUAUCAAUAUGGUGCAGGAUAUAGGUGAGACUAGUGGAUCUAAUAGUCCUGAGCAAGUUGUCACAUGCAACGAUUUUUAUGCUGGAGCUUUGCUUCCCCACUCGCUUCAUAGAGCGACCUCUCUUCCAGUUGAUGCAAUAGAUGCGUAGAUGCCACUAAAACUUCAUACAUAUCUCUGUAAAAGUGGAUUCCAUGGCAAAUAUACCGAUGAAGCUGCUUGUUCUGUUUGCUUUGAUUAAGGGAAAAUCAGAGGUAAUUGAAGACAUACAUCAAUGAUUAUAGGCCCCAUUUUAUGUGAAUCAAAACCAGAUAUACGUCAUACAGAGAUUAGCAAAAUCACUUUAGUCCAAGAAA